UGGGCUAAUACUGAAUUCUUGUCGAUUUGGAAACUGAAAUAUAUUAAAAGUUUACUCAUCGUAGAAUUGCAUCCUUGAGUAAUAGUCGCAUAUUGUUGGUUUCUAUAUGUGAAGGACCCCUUUGAUUACUCAGCUUAUUGUCUCUGAAUAUCCAAGAUAUAUAAUUGUCAAAGUUUAGGGGGCUUGUAAUCUGCAAAUUGAAUGGUUAAUAUCCGUCACUCCUGAUGAUGUUAUGUUGGUUAUGUCUGCCGUGCCUGCUGUGAUGCUGCCCUGGGAUACUAUCGAGUACACAGUGACUCUUUUUUUUGAAUGAAAUCUUUCUUUCCUUUCCGUUUGGUUGAGUAGGGAGUAAAUCAUUAAAUCCAAGUCUUUAAUCCGGCUUUGGCUCUUCGUAGUGACACCAAGCCUUUAUCUGAAUUCAUCAAUUAGUUGGGCUGUGCUAGUCUGCGACAACAGCUGAAGAUACUCAUUUGUCACGAUGCCUAGUAUUAAAAGUGCUUAGGUUUAAUCCUGAUAAAUUUCCCUUCUUGUGAAUUGUUGUGUAACAACCCGUCAUUUUAUUGAAGAAUUUCGAGCUCUUUCCGUAGCUACGGUAAUUUAAUUGAGAGAUAGUAAAGUAAUAUAUUAUUUAAUGUGUGUGCAUAUAUUUAUUUAUGGGAAUAUUACUUGCACACAUAUAAGGUAUGAGUAUUAAGUGACUAUGGACCAAUUUUACAACACAAAUUAUCUACGAUAGUAAAUGAUAACGGUUGGGCCAGGUCCAUAUUAUUCCCAAGCUGACUUAAAGAGGAAAAAGGGGUGUUGUAGGGUUUCUCAAAAUCUACAUAGAGAAUCAAAACAAAUAUAUUUGUUUAGAUAGCUAAAGCGGGGCGGGAAUAUACUUCAAAGGAGUCUUGAAAUCCCUAUAUUCAUUUCAUGGGCAAACAAUUGAAGCACUUACUUUGGAAUGGAACAUAAUAUAUUUUGUUUGGAUCCACUCAAGAAAGCAACAGGUGCUUUAGCUGAUGCUCCGGUUGAUGAGUGAGUCGCCUGACGCCGUGUCUUUUCCAGCUUUCAGGAGAAAUAUGGCUGAACUUCUCGCCAUGGCCAUGGCUGUUGAUGAUGAUGACAUGAAUGAUGGCAAUGUUAGUGUUUCUUCGCUUGACCUCAAUCCUAUAGGUAGCAACGAGAGUGGAUAUGUGCCGCCUUCACCUGAGGACGUAGCAUGGGCUGACUCGUGCCUUAUUAAUGAUCUUGCUAUAUCGGACCAUGGCGUGGAUUAUUUGAAACAUGCCUUACCGGAUGCUUUUACAAUCUUUUCCGCAGUGAUGAGGGAUGAAUCUCCUCAACAAUCUCGUAUUUUCCGCACCGUCGAAGAGACAGGAAUUUCAGGGAUUGUAGAUGACACGAUUUAUGACAAAGAUACAGAAAGUUUUUGGUCCAGGAUUAUCUCAGAAGAUGAUUUUUCCCCAGCCUAUAAUGAGGACCUGAGAUUAGUUGAAGCCUCCGAUUUUGAAGUAGAUUCGGAAAAUUUGGAUGACGACAUAUUCAAGGUCUGGGAACUUGACAUUCCAGAUGAGGAAGAUAUGCUUGUUAAACUGCUCAACAAAGCCCUUGCAGGAGACUUGACCCCUUCAGGUUCCGAAAAUCUUGGAGUAGUGGACGAUAAGUUACUUGAUGAUAUUAUUGCUGGCCUCGGUGACCUGUCUUUGAAUCAAUCCAACCACUGACUAAGUUAUGUUGCAAAUCCAAAAUUCUGGUCAAGAGCAUGCUGCUUUAGAUGCAAAGCUUGAAUAGUUUAAACAAAAUUCAACGAAUCCGUUUUGCAGCUUACUGUUUCUGACUUAUUUUCUGGUAGAAAGAGGGUGGUAUCAAACAUAAAUUUGCAGAUGUUGUUUGUUUUAGUUACUACCCUUAUUUAGCUUGAUUAUCAAGUGGCAACUAGUGUAAGAAAACGGGCUUUUGUCCUUAAACUUCCCUUGUGUAUAGGUAUUAGAUUACUUAGGUAAUGCUUUCCUUCCUUUGGACUGGAGUCUAUUAGCUGAUGCAAGAGAUUGGGCUUUAGCUUUA